AUGAAUGACCUACCGCAUGAACUUAUUGAUGAGAUCUGCAGCCUCCUACCGAGAGAGGACUUAAAGAACGUGUUUAUGCUUAGUCAUCAGUUCCAAUCCAGUGCAGAGAAAUAUUCGGGAUUCUUUGAGAAAUAUACUCUCGACACAGAUAUCGACUCUCGAUAUACAGCCCUACCAGAGGAAUUGAAUCACUGGCUUAUCACUCUUGGCCGUAUCUUGUUAACCCUUGGCUGCCCCACUUACUUCUACUUUGAUGAACACAGACUUGUUCGACAUGAGUUCAAACUGGAUUUGCGUGUUCUUAUCGAUCUUGCGAUGAAGUUUCCGAACCUCGAGUACCUGGGUAUUCGGACUGGAGGGUUUGAAUGGUGCGAGACACUGUAUGGCCAUCUGGAAGAUCCCGUCAAAUACUAUUAUAGCGACUGGGCAGGGCCCCGGCGUGAUGCAAGAAACGAUUUUGCGGCUGCUGUCUCGUCCCUCCAUAACCAGCUUCCGAAGUUGCUAAGAUGGGCUUGCUUGAACUUUCUCAAUCCUCUGAAACAUGCGUUCGUGGGUAUUGAUCACAAUGAGCCUUUGGUUAAUCUGUUCGAGCCUUCAUUUGCUAGGCCCUCACCUCCGUCAACUUCAGCUACGAUGUAUGAUAGACGAGAGCAUUUUUUGGCCGAGGGUGGCACAGCACCGAUUUGGCCCAAACUCGAAAAACUUGAAGUUGUGUUCCACAUUGCGCGUCCUGACGGCACAUGGUAUUUUCAGAGAAUGCUUGGCAAAGGGUCUGAUUCAGUUGGAUACCUAGUUACUCAAGCGUCUUACUCACCUUAUGAAGUCACAGAGCUUGAUGAGAGGAUGGAAUCCUUGAUUAACGACACAAACUAUGAUGACUUACACUACAGAUAUAACCAGUUUCGCUUUGCGCCAUACGAUAGACUAAGUCCGCUCUUGGAAGGGUUUACCAAGGCCACUUUGCGAAUGAAAUAUUUCAAGGAGGCUGUGAUAUGGUGUCCGUUAAUAUGCAAUGAUGAGUAUACAAAGGACUAUUUUCCGUGGAGGGAACACCAGGUGAACCCGAAGUUAUAG